UUUUAUUUAAUAUUUUUUCAGCAAUGGAAUCUCGCCUUUUAAUCCCCCAAAUCACAACUGAGAAAAAACAAUGGAGUUGUAAAGUUUGUGUUAUUGAAAAGUUGAAUACAAGAAAGUCAAAGAGCAAACCUGGAACCUUGUACAAGCCUAUAACAUUACAAGAUGAAGCGGGCAACAAAGUUCAAGGAAUGACUUAUCAAAAUGAUAUUGAACUACUUGAUGAAAGGCUCAAGUUAUACUCCACAUAUAUUGUCUCUAAUGCAUUAGUCUCUCAUGCUAAUCAAUUUUUCAAUGUCCCAGAUGAGAGGUAUAGAUUUGUUUGGUCAAUUAAUAGGAAAACUCUAAUACAAGCAGUCGACAAUGACGACCAAUUGGAUUUACAACCUUCUUCUGACAUGGAUACAAAACCCUUUGGACAAUUAUAUGAUUACAAAUCUAAAAGACAAGCAAUAAAUAUCAUUGGAGUCAUGAUUUCUAAACUACCAAGAGAAUUUAUUGUGACCAACAGGACAGGACAACAAAAAGCCAACGACUUUGUGAUCGUUGAUGAAGAGCUUAAACCUAUCAUUUUCACAAUGUGGGGCAAUUUUACGGUUUGCCAAGGAGUUGAAAUUGACAAAGAGCUCCAAUCAGGAGAUUAUCCCGUUGUUCUUGGAAGAAGGAUUACUGUCACCCCAUAUCAAGGAAUUUCCUUAUCUACAAGAACGGACUCUGGUGUAGAAGUGAAUCCGUUUGGUAAACGUGCUGAUGCUCUUAAAGAAUGGCGAAGACUAAUUCUUUAGUUAUUGAAAGAUUGAUUGUUGAAAAAGCACAUAACAAUGCUGUAAGUGAAAUGGCAAGCCCUCUUGAUCAACAAAUAUCACCAAUUUCAGAUUUAAAGAAGUCAUUUGAUAAGGUUUCACACUAAUGUCACAUCCUUUAAUUGUUCAUUUUCUUUAUAACUUGUUUUACUCACUUUUAUUUUGCUAUUUUUCUGCAUGUAUUAAAAAAUCAAGUCAAAAGGAGUCUGGGUUAAAUCAAAGAUCACACUCAUAGA